AUGACUACUCUGGAGGAAAUCAGUCAGCCGAUGAGUAGCACCUCGCCGACUAUCUCGAGCUUUGUCGCGAGCGCAUUUGGAAUGUCUGUUGUAUGUCACCUCGCCAUAUUGGAACGGUAUUUCCUCGUUCUCGAGCACCGCUCCUAUCAUCCCCAAUGCCUACGUUGUGCUCUUUGUCACUGUGGAUUGUCCUAUGAGCCUACUUGCUAUGUAAAAGACGGGCUUGUUCUAUGCCGUAGAGAUUAUACCGCGUGA